AUGACUCCCUCUCGCGCCUCGCCCAUGUCCGACUCCCCCUCAUCGUCCAGCACGGCCUCGGACGACGUUGACUCCAUCCUUCCCACACCCCAUCUAGGCUCUGGCGAGAUGGCCGAUGACUCGUCUGUGGGGCUGGGCGGGUAUGAUCCCAAGCCAGACAUCUUCUCGCCCACUCUGUCCACCUCGUCCAACAUGGCCUCUCCAAGCCUGUCCAGCCCGGCCAUCGCUGUGCCCGCUCCCCCACCCAUGCUGCGGACAUUCAGUCGGUCCCGGUCAUCAUCGCGCGCGGCGGCUCCUCCACCCAUCAUGCUCCGCCGGCCGACCGACAAGAACGGCGGAGUCAGCGCCAAGGGUUUGAAUAUUAGCCUAAAUUCGCCCGUUCACCUUGCAGAGGAGCAUGCGCAGGAUGAGGCGGAAGAGCUGGACGGGGUGCCAGAUCUUGUGCCUUCGCCAAGAAGGGCUGCAUUUGGCGCGCAGCUUAGGAGUGGCGAUGGACCACCCAUGAGCCCGGCGUGGCAGUCUAUGGAGUCGCCCGGCCCCUCUUCAUCGGCGCGCCUCUUCGGUUCAAGCGGACUCGUUCCGCCCUCUCCACUCGUCGGGCACUCGCCAAAUCCAGGAAGCGCAAAUCGGCUUUCGCCAAUGAUGGGCGGGUCACCUCAGCGGCAGCAAGCCAAGCGCUUCGACCCUACGCCCACGCACGGGAUUCACGCGCGGAACAUGUCGCUCUUCUUCCCUCAGCCGGGAGCGGGAGGGGAGGGGCAUGGGCUGGGUCUCCCUGCGAGUCUCAGUAUGGGCGAGGAGGCGGGCGUGCAGGUCAUUCCGGAGCACAAUGCGGGGAAGAAGCCAUUCGGCGGGCAAGGGGAGUGGAGCUUCGGUGCGGGCGCAGGCGCUAGUGCGGAAGGACUCGCCAGUCCACAAGCCAAGAGCAAGCGGAGAGGUCAUCAUCACAAGCAUUCCCUAUCACACAACUUCUUUUCUUUCCUGGAUCCGACCCAAACGAAUCCCGCCCUCUCCUCGUCCACCUCGGCCCCUUCUAUACCCGCCCCUCAUACUCCCAAACCUGCCGAUGCGCCUCAAUCCGUCCCUAUGCCCAUGAACUCUACCCUCUCUCUGGCAUCGCCCUCGCUCUCUCCCCUCCCCCGGUCGUCGGAUCCAAUGUCGCAGCUGCUGGCCAGCUUUGCAUUCCUGGAAUUUCUGAUUGGCGCGGCGCUGUGGGUGGAGGGUCAAAUGGGCGGAUGGCGAUGUUUGGCUGGAGUUGGGUAUCUCGUGGUAUUUGACGCGCUCGGUGUCGCGGUAGGAGUAUUCGCGCGAGGUGGAGAAGGAUGGAGGAGUAUUAGGCGGUCGUACGGCACGACCCGCUUCUUGUCUCUGCUGUACUUCUCCCAAAGCCUCUUCUUGGUCUUUGCUGCAGUAUACAUCGCAAAGGAGUCGAUCGAGCAGGUGGUACUGGGCGCAAGUGGGAAUGAGCACGGUGGGCACGGACACGGGCACGGACAUGGAAGCUCGGACCUGGACGGGGAAGAUCGACCAUUCCCAACCUUCCUCUUGCUAUGUGCGACUCUGGCUAGCGCACUGGGUGGCGGAGUCAUGCACACUCACGCCAAGCUUGUUGAUGCUGUGGGGUCUCUCUUCCUCUCCCCAAAGUACCUCUCGUCGUCGAUUGUUCGUCGAUUUCCUCACCUUCUCGCCAACCCAUUCAGCGUUACGGUCAUGGGGUCUUCGGCUGCCGUCCUGGUCGGAACACUAGUUGUGCCUGUUACCUCUCUGCACACUUUCGACGCGCUCGCCGCUCUGCUUCUGACGGUCCUCACCACUGCGCUCUCCCUACCACCCUCGAAAGCCUUUGGCCAGGUCCUUCUUCAGACUGCACCACCUGCGUCCACCUCUCAGAUGAAACACCUCCAACGCGCCAUCAAGGACAUCACCUCGGAUCCUAGAGUUCGCUCCAUCACACAUACACGAUGCUGGGCGAUAACGGCCGGUUCAGCGCCCCCGCCCCCGCCAGACUAUUCUCCGCCUUCCACUCCCCACGUCGUCUCAUCGUCUAGCGGAAAUCUUCACCACGCUUCGCCAACCGCAUGGCAUUCCCCUUCGUCCUCGCCCACGGUCGGCGAGUUCGGCGGUAUUCACCCGUCCCAGUACCCGUCAUUGUUAAAGAGCGAGUCCGAUGCCCCGCUUGUGCUCACGAUGGAGCUUGAGGUGGACGAGGACCUGGGUGAUAGGGAGGUGCUGGACGUCACGCGGGCAGUGUAUACAAAGCUGGGCAAGUCCACCACCGCAAAGCGCAGGCUGAUUCGCGACUUCAAGCGUCUCGCCUCCGACCCUCCCAUCGGUAUAUCUGGCAGUCCAAAUCCCGACAACAUCAUGGUUUGGAACGCAGUAAUAUUCGGACCUCCCGACACUCCCUUCGAAGACGGAUCCUUCCGGCUCACUCUGACAUUCACCGACUCGUACCCCAAUAAACCCCCUACCGUCCGUUUCGUCUCCAAGAUGUUUCACCCCAACAUCUAUAUGAACGGGGAGCUGUGUCUCGAUAUCCUCCAGAACAGGUGGUCGCCUACAUACGAUGUCGCGGCCAUCUUGACGAGUGUGCAGAGUCUACUGAACGAUCCCAACCCCGGCAGUCCUGCAAACGUAGAAGCGGCUACCCUGUUCAAAGAGAAUCUGAAGGAGUAUGAGCGGAGAGUAAAGGCGACGGUGGAGGCAUCUUGGCUCGACAGCUCGGACAACAUGGAGGAGAUCGAGGCUUCGGGGCCUGAGGACGCGGUGCAGAACUCCAUGGUACCUGCAUGA